AUUUUAAAGUACAGCGCGGGUACGCGGGGCGUUUUGUGCAAGUAAUCGCGUACACGAGUGUGUAACUAUGUAAAGGCACUCGUAAUAAUUAACAAUUGUUGUGCGUGUACAUUAUACAAUUUGUACACGGAUUUGAUAAAAACAUGUUUCCAACGAAUGACCAGUUCAUGAUACGGACACAAGUGCGUACAUACACAGUUACACACGAACAAUCGUAGGCUAUAGGGAUCAUUUAGAAAACUUCUACAGCGCCGACUGCGAAUAGUUGCCUACUGGCCGAUCCAUCCAUCCACCGAUCCGACACACAAACAGUUCGCGAACGAUACAUUAUUUUCAACUCGGAAGGUAAAUAACAAUAAUUUGUUUCGUGAUUUAUUUGCAACCUAUAAUAUUACGCUGGUUUUAAUAGUUUUUGGUCCCGUGGAAAAAGGGCUUAAUCAAGUUUGGGAAUAUCUUUAAUUUUCUUUUCUUAAUCAUUUUCUCGUACGAUUUGUUAGCACAAAUGUCGUAGAUUUAUGUAUUUUCAACAUUAAAUUUGCUUGUAUUGAAAACUGUACAAAAUCGACAUGAGCCCUUCUUUCCCGGACCAGAGAACUAAUAAACAUCAGUAGAUAAUAUUAUGUUUAGUACAAGUAAAUUUCUAUACGGUUAAUUUUUCAUUAUUGAACCCGUUUUAUAAUGCGCAAUAGUACUGGGUUUUACCUUAAUGACCUACUAAAAAAAAAAAUUAAUCAAUAGAAUCAACUUAUCGGGUGAUAAUAAAGUCAAUAAUUAGUAUGUAUAGGUAAGAAACCGGUUCCGGUUCGGGUAAUACUACUGGAAAUCCGGUUCGUAUUAAUUUUUACCAGAUUUUAUCAAAAAAAAUCGAUCCACGAUUUACAAUACCCAGUAUCAAAUAUACCUAAUAAACUAACAAUUUUCUACCCUUAUAUUAGAACACAUACUUAUCUAUUUUGUCUCCCUAUUUUUUUUUGUCGUUUCUCUGCUAACGCACGCAAAAUUCGUAGUUACCUAUGAUACGGGUACAUUUUGCUCUAUAUUCACGUAUACCUAAAAAAAUAUAAACAUUUUAUAAAAGCGUACAAGUUUAAAAUAACUGUGUGGUUUAUUUUGUUUAUGUCUAUGGCUGCUUUUUCGAUUAGUAAAAAUCCUAAAGAGAAAAACGUAAUCAAGAAAGUGAAUUUUCGGCAUUUUCCAGAUUCCAGAUAGUUUUUUUUUUAUCGUUUUAAUAAAAUUCACAGCAAAUGACUAUAAACCAUUUUGAAUAAAUUUACAUUUAUACGAUGACUUAAUAAUGUCGACCUUUGCGAUUUCUCGUUUAUAGUUCAACCAGUUUCAUGCAGGUUUCACCAGAAUUUUGUAUAAUAAAAAACUAAAUGUCCAUCCCAACAUUCAGCCUACAAAUCCUUUUUUUUGUUCUUUCAAAUACUUGAAUUUUAUAUUUACAUCUAAUUAUUGUCGUGUGUCUUUAUGUUUGCUCACAAAUAACUGUAAACAAUUAUUAUAUUACAACUAUUGAAACUUAUUUUUCUUUUUAAGUUAAUUGAUAUGAUUCGUAUUACGCACGAAAACAUGCAUUAUAAAAACAUCGUUAACAAUAAUAAUAAUUACGUACGAUAAAAUGUAUAGGCCAACAAUACAGAAACUCAAAAUUUGUUUUCGUCGAUUUAGCUAUUCUACAAAACAAUUGGGUGAUGUAAAACGCCCGUUCUGUAGGUAAUAUAGACGGUGCAGCUUACCACGGUACGAUGCUAACGACGGUACAUAGUUUUAUUAGUGUAUUAAUAUUAUAAUAAUAAUUACAUAGUUAUAUCAUUGCCCUUAUUAGAAUUUAAAAAAAUCAACAAAAAAUGUUUCUGCUCGGUGUGAGCGUGCAUUUUAUAACAUGAUACAAUCCAAUUAGUAGAACGAAUAUAUUUUAUAACAAUAUAUGUAAGGAUAUUACCUAUUCAAAUCAAAAAUAAACUUGAUUAUUCACAUCAUCGUCUCAAAGGCCGCGCAGAUUAGAUAAAACACUAAUAUUUUUUCAACUAUUGUAAUCAUUAUAAUAAAUUUUAAUUGUGUGUAAUAAUGAUUUUGUCCGAAUGCGAUUUAUAAUUUUACAUUCUAAGCACAGCGGAGAAUUAGUUAAUGGUCUUACAAACGCUUUUUGUGUUGGUAAAAAUGCUCCGAUUUUUGCGUGUCAUACUUUAAAAGAUACAGGUUUUCCGUCCAUUAUUAGUACUUUAUUUGACCCAAUUUUUUAAAAAUAUUUUAUCCUUUAAGGCUUUUUUUUGAUUUCCCCCUCUCUUCCCCGCUAAAUGCUUCUUUUCUGUUAGUAUAAAAAGCUUCAAACUAUUCGCAUCGUAUUUACUCUGUAAAGAUUUAACUUACUUUAUUUAAAAACAAUUUCACAACAGUUUUUCCAUAGGAUUUAUAAAACCGAAUAAAAAAUUUAAAUACAUACCUAGGUUUUAUUUUUGUUGAUUUUCGGGUUACUUUGAAAAAGGUAACCCAAAAAAGGAAAGAGAAAAAACAUAACUAAUAUUACUCCAUUCAAAAUUGGUUUUUUGAUUACAAUGAUUUAUCGUUGAUUUCAUAAUACAUAUUAAAUUACUUUGCAAAACGUUUAAAAUGUCAAACCUAAUACAGUAAUCUACCAAUGGUGCGAAGUAUAUCUGAAUUUAUUUUAGAUUCUGAGCGCAGAGCGAGGAAUGCCUUGGUUUUACAAUGAUGUUUACUUUUUAACAACUUUUCUUCAAGCAAUUAUGUUCCGAUUUUCAAUUAUUACACUUUUUCUGGAAAAAAAUCUGACCGGGGUCGUACAUUUUUUUAUUCUUCCAGCUGUUUUCGUAAUAAUUGGGAAAAAAACACAGGAAAAUAGUUACAGUGUUAACCGAAUAUUAUGAAAGAAAAUAUAAAAUGCGUAUGUAAUUAUUUUACUAUAAUAUGACAUAUAUAUUGUUGAUAAAGCAGUACUGUCAAAUGAAUUUUGCUCAGAUUCGUUUUUUCAUUAGCAAUGGUUAAUGGUUCCUUACAGAUAUACAUUAAAUUUCCCUUCUACUACCUUCCCAAUUUCUCACCUAUAACAGUGGUCCAUCCAUGUGCGAAGUAUGUCCGUCUAACAGCUGGGAAAAUCAAAAAAUGAUCCUAAUCAGAUUUUAUUUCCGAAAAGUGUUAUAAUUGAAAAUCAGAGUAAAAUGGUAGAAAAGCUAUUCACAUGGGAAAAAAAGGGGCUGUAAUAUUUUUUUAUUAAUACCUACAUUUCUUACAUUUCCCGUUUUUCUCAUUUAUUAGAAAAACUCCUUAGAAAAAUAAAAAAAUUACUUCCUUAAAGUACCAUUCCAGUUAGAUUUCCUUUCAGAAAAAGUGCGAUAAUUGUAAAUCUGAGCAAAAUUACUAGUAUAGAAAAGUUGUUUUGUGAAGAAAAGUAAACAUCAUAGUACAACAAAUACUCGCUCUGCUCAGAAUUUAAAAUAAUAAAAACAGUACAAUUCUCCCAUUUUUUCUCAAUUGUUAAUUAAAAUAAUUGGUAAAUUUUCUCGAGGGAUAUUAAGUGAAUUUGUUGUCUAUUUUUUUUUAACAUUGUGAAAUUGUUCAAGCUUUAUUUUAAAAUUAUUUUCAAAUGGAGAAUAUUUUUCUAGAAAUUUUAGUAUGCAUUACACUACUAUGAGAUUUACGGUUCAUGAGUUAUAACCGUUUUAAAUAUAGACCGGAGGAAUAAAGAAAUGUAAUAAAUUGCAUAUCUAUUUUCAAAUAAUAAACUUAUAAAUCUUUCCUACUACUCCGAUCUGAACUUUAAACGGUUAUAACUCAUGAAAGAUAAAUCAGAGUUUACUAGUAAAAUAACCUCCAUUCGUAUCUGUGUUUGAAAAUGAGGUACCUAUUUGAAAAACAAAAGUAUAUACUUAUUGAAGGUAUAUGGAGUGGAUUAAAAAAUUAAAAAUGGCCUAAAAUUAAGUUUAAAUAAUUCCACAAUGAUUAAAAAAAAAAAAACCCAUAACAAAUUCGCUUAAAAUCCCUCAAAAAAAUUUUUGGUUCAUGGUAAAAAAAAAUCACUUUGUAGAACUAAAUUAUGUAUCUACAUUUUAAUUUCUAAAUACGUACGUACAGGUACCUAAAUUUUUCUGUCUGUUAGAAUAAGAUCUAGAAAUAACUACUGCAGUUAUGUUUGUUCGUUAAGCAUUGGAAAUAUGUUGUCUCUUUGUUAACUACCACGAGAUUCUGUGAAAUAAAAAAAUACAUCCAUGAAACAGACCCCACGACCCACCAACCUCAUUCGAUUGGUUCCAAAUAUAUACCAAAACAUGUUAACUAGUUACGAAACUUUGGCAUUAGCGCAAAUAUAGUAAGGCUUGUAGCAACCAAGUCGUUCUAAAAUUCAGACAAACCUCCCAAAUCAUGUCUUUAUUAAGUAAAACACAUAACUUGGAUGACAACAACAAAACAAACUUAUGUAAGUAUAUACAUAAUCAAUAUUGAAAACCCCCAUAAAAUAUUUGGACUAUUUUGUCCCAACGAAUUUCGGCAAAUCAUUUCCGCGUUUUAUAAAAUUAAUUUUCAUUCGGGUGGGAUAAGAUUCACUCCAAAUAAUUGCCAACAAAUUCGUAAAUAAUUAGCAAUUUUUAACUAAUUGAUUAUCAAAAUCAGCAAAUCGCUUUAUCAAUGGCAAAUUAAAUUCUUAACCGGGUGUCUGAUGGUUAAUGUUCACAAGUUGCCUAAAAACGGACCAACUCGUGUAUAUAAUAGGUACUAAACAUUUUUAUAUUCAUAUUGUUCUAAAAUGUUACAUUAUUUUUAUUAUUGGCAGUGAAUUGGUUUUAACUACUUCUAAUACCAAAAAUAAGGACAACGUAAUAUUUAAGAUUCAAUUUUUUUUUAAAUAAGUAUUUUAUAGGAAAUUUGACUGUAACAUGAAAUUUGAGUUGGUUUCAUAUCGAUAAUAUGAAUGGAUUUUAAAUGAUCGAUUAUAUAGAAAAAGAGAAUUUAAAAAUUGUAAAACUUAAAAAAGUGAAAACUCUGACCACCCGGUUUCAAAUUUGAUUAGCCAAUGAUACAGCGAUUUGCUAAUUUUAGAUUUUGAUUGGAGCAAAGAAGGUUAUGGUUUUACAAAGAUUUUUAUUUUUUUUUCUGUGGACAAUUUUUCUGCCAGAGGACUUGCUCCGAUUUUUACGUGUAGCAACUUUUCUGAAAGUAAAUCGGUGUGGGGAUGUACUUUAAAGAGGUCAUUCUUCGAUUUUCUCAAGAGUUUUUUCAGUAAAUGUGAUAAACUGGGAAAGACGUAAGAAAACUGUGGAAAUCGGUACAACAUUAUACAAACAUUAUUAAAGAAAAUAGAGCCCAAUUAAUUAUUUUACUGUAAUAUGACAAAUAUAUUGUUGACAAAGCAUCACUAUCAAUUGAACUCCACUCAGAAUCGUUUUUUCGUAAGCAAUAGUUUAUCAUUACUUACAGGUAUACAUUAAAUCACCUAUUACAGUGGCUGAACCCGUCCCCAUUACCCUAGGACGUCUUUUGAAAAUCGAUUCACUAUAAUUAUUUAGUAUUUUUGCACGUAUAUUUGGUAUCGAUCGAAUGAUGUGUAUUAUCAUUUUUUUUGUUUCAGAGAAUGUCCUGCUAUAGUUAUACGGAUUAGCAAAAUAUUCCCCAAGUUCAUUGUUGCGACAUAGACAAUAUUAUUGCAUUUAACGUAAACUUUAACUGACAUCUGAGUAAAAUAAUUAUUGUUGAAAAAAAUUCCUACCUACCACAAUGUUGAACAAACCGUUUUAUGAUUGCUUUAAAAAAAAUAUAUAUAUAAUAUAUUAUUACUUAUUAUUAGUUACCUCAGUAUUGACCUCGAAUGCCGCAACUGCAGUGACUAUUGUCUGAAUUUCAUAGUACCAUUCUAUAAAUCUGAUUUUAUAAUCACGCGUAUUGCGCGCGAGAUAAUUAUUUUGUCAUUGCCACGUUUCUAUAAUAAAACUUGUAUGUUUUUUUUUUUUUAACCGAAAUGUACAUAUUGUAUACACUUUUCUCCACAAUAUUAUAAUCAAAAAAAGUGUGAUGAUAUAAUUUAUGUAUACUUACUAUUCGUUGGUCUGAAAUGUUAUUGUACCUAUUAGGAUUCUGUAUCAAAAAUGUUUCUUCUCAAAUAUUCUUGACAUAUACCCGACCCGGUUGCUACUCUAUACUUUAAACCUAGUUCAAAUAUAGGUUUUUUUUUUUUUUAAAUCGACAUGAUUUUUUGGAAAAGCAUUAACAAUUACAUUUUUCGUGGUUUUUUAAAUUUUGUAAGAAUUGGUCACCUGUCACCAUAUAUGUAGAUAAUUGUAAUAAAUCCAAAUGUGCGUUCACUUCGACACAAUAUAUUUUCGUUUAACAGUACAGACACAUACGCUAAACUCGAAAUCGUCUUUAAACAGCUUUCGAGACCAUAUUUUGUUUCGAAACAAAAGUCCUUCCGUUUCACUAUAUCACCGUUUUGAGUUGUUUCUAUAAAAUGUUCUCUACCUAGUUGUCUUAAUUACUUUUCGCUUUUAUCAAUCUGUUUGAUCAUCCCAUACCGGUCUCGUCCGCCGCGGAGUUCUAUUUGAAACAUAACAUGUUAUUUUAUUAUUGACGUGAAUCCUUAUUAUACGUGACCAAGUAAACUUAUACGAGACAAGAAGGAUAAUAUCAAACAAAAGAGUCCAGAAAUUAUACGAAAAAACAAAUAUAUACGGAAGGUGAAAUCCGAUAAAAACUCAAAUUCGAUUCAAACGAAACGGAUAAACAGUAGCAAUGUUUGUUGUCGUUAUAUUAUGCGAUUGUCUAUAUUCUUGACCAGCGUUUCGAUAGGUUUAUUAUGUUAUGUUUUCGGAAAAAAUAAUACUUUAUUACACUGGGUUACGACUAUACCUUUCGCUCGUUCAGUGCUACCAGUUAUAUCACGAUAACGUUAACAAAUCGAAUGUUGAACUUUCCUGAUAAACUUUAUUAUAAUAAACAAUCGAAUCGAUUUAUUUCAAAAAUGUACUCCCGUAGGCGAUAUCAUACAGAUUACACGAGAACAUUAAUUUAUAUGAUGUUCUCUCGGUGUCUAUAAUAAUAUAUAGAAAUAGUGUGCAUACGUAUAUACAUACAUAGGUGUUUAUUUUGAAAUUACAUGUGUUGUUGCGUUAACUUAAUAAUAAUACGAAAAAUACAAAUUUAAUGCGGUGAAAAAGUACAAAGGUAACGACGAUAACAGACGCAUUGGUCGUAGUAAAUUCGCGUUAUAAGUUUAAACUAUGUAAUACUGGGUCGCUUUCAAAAAAAAAAACGUUCAUCGUAUUUUCGUUGUAUCAUUCUAUACGUACUGUAGCGUAGCGAGGAUUUAUGAAUGGGGGAGGAGUUUAGGGAAGUCUAGUAGGUGUAUACAAUCUUCUUAACUUUACCCUAAAGCUAAACAAAAAUAGCAAUGGGGGUGGGAGGUUACAACACCCGAAAACCCCCUGGCUACGCCACUAUAUACGUAUGACCUGAACUUGGAUUUGUUUUUAAUCCUCGAUCAACAUUUUUGGAACAAACUUUUCUGCCACUCGGCGUAUUUGCAGUUUUCUAGUUACAAUUUUCUGGAAUGAACUAUGUAAAGUAUUGCAUUCCUCUGCCAAUCAAGGAUCUGUCAUCACAACAAAAGACAAAAUCCUCAUCAACUUCUCCACUAUCAAAAAAGUUUAUCGAUUUUUUUUUUCUUUUAGAUCCAUAAUAAAAUUGCCAAUCACGAAAAUUAUACUGCACAAAAACUUCGGUUACAUCAAAACCAGCGGCGGAUUUAUAGGUGGGUCCAGGGGCCUGGACCCUAUAGUUUUAAUAAAAUGUCCAAAAAAAAAGGUAUCUGUUUAUAAAUACCUUUUGAAUACAUAUGAUUUCCAAGACCCCACCCAGUAAAUUGUUUAAAAUCCACUACUGAUCAAAAUGAUAAAGGUUAUAUAGAAUCUACAAAAAAAAAAUGUACUCAGGAAGAGACAGAAGCCAGUAACACAAAUCUAUGGCUCUUCGACGUUCGGUCAGGGCUCUAUUCAAAUAGUCGGGAGACUUUUUGACCACUGAUUAGCUUUUUCUAGAAGUGUUAAAAUUGUCAAAAAAAUCUGUAGAUUUUUUAGAUAUUUAUAGACAAUUGAUAUUUUUGAGAUUUUUAGUUUUGAUUAGGUUUUAUGAGUAUAAAGUCAUUUUGGCCGAGCGGAAAUUUUUCAAAAAUGUACUCGAGUACUUCAUCAUAAAUUGUAAUUAGUCAUAAAGAUGUUGUGCGUAAUAUAAUAGAGUAUUAUUUUUUUUAAACAAUUUAAGUUAAAUUUUUUACUCAAAUCAUAAAAAUCGCGACAUUUCAAAACAAGUUUCACAAGUUCAGAAUUGUAUUUCGUUAACAUUGUUUUAUGACUGCCUACAGAUAUCAAUUAAAUAACUUUAUGUAUCCUAACUUCUCAACUUCCCAUUUGUACAACAGAUCCGUUAGCAAUAUCAUCUCUAUUUUCAAUUUUAGAUUUCUUUUAAAUUUCUCCAUUAUAGUUUCCUCGUUCAAAAGUUUAGACCACUAUUCGAAUGAUUUAAUCUAGGCUAAAAGUAAAUGAGUUCUAUUCUACGCAGAAAUGUAAAUAGUGAAAAAUCAAAUUUCCCCCGAGGAUAUUAAAAUAUAUUGGCACACGUAACUCUAGAUUAAAAAUAUUAUCAUUAUCUAUACAUAAUAACAUGUUUUUAUACUUUGUCGGUUAUAUUACGCACGGGUGUGUAACCAACUCGGCAAUUUGGAAAUCGUUUAAAAUUACCAUUAUAACGUCACAUAAUGACCGUGUAUCUGCUAUAAAUUAUAAUGCGCAUAUAGGUAUACUUAUUAGACGUACACCUUUACCGCAGUGUUGGCCGCCAAUGCAUCCUACAAUAAUACGGUCCAUUAGUUAAAUAUUAUUUAGGUUGGCCGUAGACCGGUCGGUACAUUUAACUGCCACGAUAAUGCAUUACAAUAUUACAAUAAUAUUUAUAAUGUGAUAAAAACUUGUUCGGGUGCGCGUAUCCAACUAGCGCGGUUUGUUUACGUUAGAUCGCACGUUUAAAAGUGAUUUAAAUAUUAAAUAAACACAGUAAAAAAAAUCAUACGAAUAGAAUAUUUCCGGGUGAAAGCCACGGCUUAAAAAAGUGAGGUAAACAAAAUAAUAAUAAUAAAAAAUGAUAAAAAUAUCACCCAAAUAUACCUGAGUGAAAGGUGCACGAGUGUUACCAGCUAUUAUAAGAAAUUUUAAUUAUGUACAUGCGGUAAAAAACAAAAAAUACAAAAAUAACAAACUAUUAUCGAGUGUGUGGUGAUAUUGCAACAGUGCACAAUUAUUUGUAUUAAACUAAGUUUCGUAUUUGUUAAAAUCGAAUACUCGUUGAGAUGUUUUUAUUGUGUUUUUGUAGGAUCGAAAUUUAUCAUCAUAUAUGUAUACAAAGUAAAAUUGUUUUUUUUACCGAGAACCAGCAAUUUUCUCGUAGGAUUUAAAGUGAAUUUGAUUUCUGUUUUUUUUUCAUCAUUAUAGAAUCGUUUAAACUUUAUUUUAACGCUAUUUUAAAUUUGUUACCCCUUCUUAACCUUAAAUGAGUAUCGACUUCGGAUUUUUAAAAUGGCAAUCUCCCUUUUAAUCUCAGAUUCAAAUAGAAACUAUUUUUCUAGACAUUUUUAUUUGAAAAUUAAUAAAGAGUUAUCAAUUUAUCAUUUAAAAAAAGAUAUGUAAUUUAUUAUUCUUUUAUAUUCUUCCGGCCUAAACUUUAAACGGUUAAAAAACAUAAACGCUAAAUAUGAUAAUAGUGUUGUGCAUAACAAAAUAUCAAAUUCCCGUCUGUAUCCUACAUUCCUAACUUCCCACCUACAAAAGUGGUUGCGCUCAAAUGCAAAGUAUGUCCGUCUUUUUUGUUAUAAUUUAGUUAAAAAUAAUCAUAACGUAUUUUCACAGAAUACUUACUCGUAUACUAGACUUUUUUAGACGUGGUUAAAUUUUCGAAACAUGUUCAAGUUAUAAUAAACAUUUUCGAGUAUUUUAGUUUUGAUUUGAUUUUAUAUGGAUGAAAUUGUCUUAACCGAUCAGAAAUGCUUGAAAAUUGUACACGAGAUUCAACGUGUUAUGUAUUUGAUGUUAAAAUAAAAACAAUUUAACUUAUUCCAGUAGUUUAAUUUUUAAGUUCUAAUUUUGAUGAAAAACGUAAACAUUAACAUUUCAAAAUAUGCACCUCUGAACUUCAACUAAAAUCGUUUUUCGUUGUAUUCUAGUAUGUAUAUAUUAGUUAAAAUUGUCUGUAUAUAAUAACUUCCCUUCCAUACUACCCUCCUAAAAUAUGAGCACACCCAACAGCAGUAUCAACUAUUUGUUUGCAUAAAUAUAUUUAAAAAUCGAUACAAAUUAAGGCAUACAAAUUGAAUAUUUUGUUCUCUUUAUGUAUUAGUGACUUAAAAAGUUAUUAAUUUUAUUUUUUCUCGGAAAAAGUUUUUUCGAUUGGUAAAAAUGCUCAGUUAUUUUCACGCAGUAACUUCAUUAUUAAGCCCGGCGAUUUUAAACCCGGCGCUGAGUUCAGAAUUAGUUUUAAUUACAAUAAAUAAUCACCACAUUCAAUGUAUGAACUAAAUCGCCCUGCUAAUCAAUCCCCACCUACCAUAGUGGAAUACUUAUAAUGAACAGCGUAGCAACGAUAUACAAACACCCGGAAUCAGCGGCUGUAGUACGGCUUUUUAUAUAAUACAUAGGUAUGCAUUUUAGGGCGUUAGUUUAAAAUGUUUUUUUUUUUUUUUAAGAAGAGGUAUUUUGAAAAUCCAACUAUUUUCAAUUUAAGUAAAACCGCCACUGGCGUCCUUCACGGGCAAAAUAACAGCGAAAAAUCGUUUCACCUUCGAGUGGGGAAACACUGUUACGGCGAAUGUGCAGUUCGAAAAAGCGGUGGGAUAUCCGAAACUGUAACCAAUAUUAUAAUUGCUAACUCUUACUUCGCGUUUUUAUGUAUAUAUUAUAUAGUAUGUGCCAUUAUUAAAUUGUUUACGAUAUCGCGAUAGUGGUGCACGUACUUGGACGUCACUGGACAAGUGAUACUCCGAGUAUAGUAUAAUACCUAUACAAAUAUACAAUAUCAAUUACAUGAAGCGUCCUAUAUGCUGGGUGCUCUACCCAAUGUUUACACAUUUAAUAUUACAUCGCGGGAUGGCGUUUCAGGUGAUUUAUGAACGGUAAUUAUGGAACAACAAGUGCAGGUCAAUAAUCAGAAACAGUGCGUAAAGAGAAGAGAAGUUUCGGUGGCGGGCGACGAGGAUAAUAAACUACUGCAACAGCUCCCGUGGCCGACGAAGAGGCCAUGCAGUCGAAAAUUGGACAACAGUGGAGACUUUGACACCAUCCAAUCGGUCAAAGGCUAUUGCUUGAGCAAGAACAUGCCGACGGACAUGUACCGUCCGGUGGCCGGCCAGUGUGGUGGCAGCCCGGGCAAGUUCCGUCUGGCGGACCUGAUAGGUGAGCUGCAUAGAGUGUUCGCCGAGGACCACGUCAAUGUCGAGUAUGUUCAGUACUUGAUGGAGUCAUACCAUAGCGAUCCGGCCGAGUGGCUUAAGUACGCCAAGUUCAACAAGUUCCGGUACACUAGAAACUUGGUGGACGCGGGUAACGGAAAGUUCAACCUGAUGGUGUUGUGCUGGGGUGAGGGUAACGGUUCGUCCAUACAUAACCACCCGGACUCUGACUGCCUGAUGAAAGUGCUCGCCGGUCAGCUGACCGAAGUCAGAUUUGCGUGGCCCUCCGCCCCGAACACUUUGGACGAACAGAACGGCGACAAUGACGAAGAUCUCCGGCCCAUGCACGAGACGGGACGUGCGCUACUAGAAAUGGACUCCGUGUGCCAUAUAAACGGUCAGUACCUAUUUAUGUAUUAUGACUCGAUUUUGAGUAUAGUGAGGUACAGUAUAGUAUAGUUAGAUUCUUAUUAGUUAUUUAUUUAUGCAAUUUCUAUACACUUGAAUUUCGGACUUUAGUCACAUUAUUUUAUUAUUAUUUUUUGUCUAUUUCUACGUUCCCUUGAAGAUGGUGAUUUAUGAUUUCACUUCCAAGUUACACGAUUCUGAUAUUCCCCAUAGACAUUUUUCAUUCCCACGAUUCGACGACACAAAAUUACUUCGCAACGUUCCUACAUUUUAAAAAACUAAUACAGAUAUUUCGAUUGCGUGUAUAUAUAGAUCGUGUGGAUAGUGCAAAUUAACUGUUUCCGGCUCAGAUAAAUAAUAGUAAGAUCUCAAAAUUCGCAAAUAUUCCUAAUAAAUAUAAAGAAAAGUUAAGAAAAAAAAAGCUUUUUAAUAUUAAAGUGCAUUGACCUAUUGUUAAACUUAAAAAUAAGAACAUCUGUGCAAUGCUGGUGCUAUUUUUUAAAUUUUUUAACUGUCAAGUGAGAUACAGACAUUAAAUUAUGAUAUUUCACAUACUUAUCAAUAGUGUAUUCUUUGUCUUUGAUAAUGAGUCAAAUGACUCUAAUAUUAAAACCAACAGCACAACGCUUUCCUUGCAGAUCGCCAAUUUGCUAUCUCGUACAUUUGUAAGAUGGAGACGGGUAUCAUGCUCUCUUAAGAUAUCACCACUACAUUAAAUCCGUGGAUGAUCAACGAAGAUUAUUUAUAAAAAAAACAUAACUGACGAUUUCGCAACAUUAUUUACGUGAGAUCAUGAAAUAUUUAUGUUUGCUAUCGGGUAAAACAAACAAAUCGUUUGUAAGACUAAAACUUGAGAACUCAUGUAUGUAAAAUCGACUUUAACGGUUAUCUAUAACUAACCUGAAACCAAUCACCAAUGCUUCACUCAAAAUAAUUUUUAUUCGCAAUGAUAUAUUUAUGAUUUUUUCCUUUAAGGAUAAACUAAAUUAAUUCAAAUCUUUUACAUACUAUGCCUAAAAUGUGUCCGAUCGUUAAUAACGAGUAUAUCAUUAUAAUUAGCCUUAGGCUUCUAUCAUUCCUUUCACCCGUGAGCAAAAUAAACAUCAUAAUCGGCUUUAAAACGAUAUCGAACAUAAUGUUUAAGUGCACGCGUAGGUACAUAAUAAAAUUAUUAUUAAAAGUAAAAUGUCAAUAUUAAAAGAUCCUCUAGUGUUGAUGAUGUAGUACAUAUAAUCUUUAUAUUAUUAUAUUAUAUUUGUUUUUCUAUUUGUGAAGUUCAACAUUUUAGAUAUAUUUUUCUCGCAAAUCUAAAAAAAAAAAAAGUAGAAUCUUCAAAAACACUUCAACUCUUGCUGAUUAUAAUACUUCGUCACAAGCAUAAUAAACCGGCACUUGAAAGGCGGGCUGAUAUCAAAGUGAUUCCUAAGCACACAUCCCGCAUGCUAAAUUGGUUCCCGUUAGAAAAAGGUACUUUAUGAAGGUGAACCGAAUUGGUUCCCGUUUAAUAACCUACAAUUAUAUAAUGAAUACAACACUUAAAUAACUUGAAGAAAAUUUGCUUCAAAUUAACACCUCAAAAACUUUAAUUUUAAAUUCUGAGUGGAUGUUUAUUUAUUUUUUUUUCUGUGGACAACUUUUCUACCAGCAAUUUUGCUCUAAUUCAUAAUUAUAGCACUUUUUCUGAAAGGAAAUCAGACUGGGGAGGUACUUUAAGAAGGUUAUUUUUUGAUUUACUCAGGAGUUUUCUCAACAAAUGUGAAAAAUCGGAAAAAACAUAGAAAACCCGAGAAAAAUUUACAAAUAGGUACAAUAUUAAACAAAUGAAAACAUUAUUAAUUUUUCCGUUAGCAAUGGUUAAUCGCUACUUACAGAUAUAGGUACAUUAAAUUUCCCCUCUACUACCUUCCCAACUUCUCACUUAUAACAGUGGCUGCACCCGUCCCCAUUAUCCUACGGAGCUUUUUAUUAUUGUUAUCUUAUAUAAAUUAUGAAUUGUUGGCUUCCAUUUCAACGUUUAAAACAAUUUAAAAUUUGUAUUUUAAAUUAUUAUUAUUAUUUGACGUAAUUUCAUUUUAUCUAUUUUAAUUUUUAACUAUAUAUAUGCCUACUUAACUUCUAAGUUGACAGUCCUAACCAAUUCGACCAGUAAUGGAUACAUUUAACACAAAUUUUAAUAAGAACUAAUUCCGCUCACCUAUAUAAAAUAAUACAAAACAUUUUCCUAGGAGUUUUUUUAAUAAAUGGGAAAAACUUGUAUAAUAAUAACAUUUUAUUGAAAAAUGAACUAUUUAGAACUACAGUAUUGUUAUAAACUAUUGAGAAAUAUGGUAUUGGAUGAAAAAUGACUUUGAGAAAAAUGACAUUGAGAAUAAAAAGUUUUUAAAUAUAUUGGACAAGUGCCUCUCUACUAAUUACUGUGGAAAUAUGCAUCAAGAAUUACAGUAAUACGACCGAUGAUUAUAUUCGGCUAACAAGUAAAAACAAACAAAACGACGAGCAUAUAACAAUAUUUUUAAAGAGAUACCAAACUGCAGCUUGCCGCAAAAAGAGAAAUUAUUGGCCAAUAAUAGAUUUGAUUUGGCGUACACCUGAAGUACAACCGGCAAAAUAAAAUAAAAAUAAAAUUUGGGAGCGGAGAUACAUCCGUAAAAGUCUUUGUCGUCACAAUCCUGGAUUUUGGAUCUGGCAGGACUGGCAGUCGUGUCUGAUCGUUUCUUAGUCUUGGUCGUCGUGUUCAUUUAUGUCCGACAUAUAUUAUGUUAGUCAUAAAAUGAUUGUGCCUCGAACUCAAACAGGUCGCAAAUUUAUCCGCGCCUUAAUAUUAUGGUAUGAUACACAACUGUAAAACCAACUAUUCGAUUUAAUGCGUAGGUAAACUUCUGAUAAGUUGCUCUUCAAAUCCACAUCAUUUUUAUAUUGGCUGUACCUUUUGUUCGUCCAGUAGCAUUUUUAUCGUAUUUUUUUUGUAAGUAGAUUUUUCAGUGAAUGACGCUCUUAAGGUUUUUUUUAAAAAAAAAAAUCAAAGAACACAUGUAUAUACUUACUCAUUUCAAAUUACUUUUGAAUUUUCAGAUACAAUGGGAUUGCACCGCGUUGAAAACGCCAGCCACACCGAUAAGGCGGUAAGUCUGCACUUGUAUUGUCCGCCGUUCGAAGAGUGCACGACUUUCAACCAGCACACAGGCCACAAGACUAAGGCCAAAUCCACGUUCUGGUCCAUUCACGGCGAAAAGGUUUCAAAGGUAUGUGUAGUCCGUUUAUUCCCGAAAAUAGUUUGCUAUAGGCGUAUCACAGUUAUUCAAAAAUGAUAAGAACCGUUUUCGGGAACGCGGCCCGGUUAAAUAUUAACAUACUGCACAUGAAAUAAAAACUUAUCCAACGUGAUUUUGCAUUACAAAUCGGUUUAUUUUUAAUUAAUUGCCUCCGUUCGCUCCAUCCUUCUUCGAAUCAAUUUUAUAUUUAAAUUUUGAACAUAGCCGUAGUAUUUAUUAUUGAAAUUACACUUUGAAACCGUCAUUAUUUUGUUAUCAUAUUUUUAUUUAUCAUUUUUAAAUAACUGUACCCAUCCCAUUUUCUAUUAAAAAUACCUCUCCUUAACCCUUCGCUCGGAAAAAAUGUCUAAAACAAACGUCCAAAAAGUCACAUAUACCUAUAAUAGGUAUUAAAGGUUAAUGAAAAAUACAUUUUCACGGUUUUUUUUUUUUUUCAGAAACUCAAAAUCGUAGAAGACAUGCCGGACGACAAUUAAAUUUCGACGACCAUACCGACAUCGAAUCUAUACAUUAUGAUGAUGCUUAUGAUAUAAGUCAAUAUUAUAAUAUUUUUUUUUUUUUUUUUUUUUUGAGAUUCGAGAAUUAUAAAUAUUAUUAUAUGAUCGUUCACUGAUUUUCGUGACGCGUUUCAAGAAAGAUAAAAUAAUGGUUUAGAUUAUUAUACGAUUUUUUCCGCCAAUGAUUGUAACAAAUUUUAAAAUUUAAAGAAAUUAUCGUUUCGAUGAUUGUUAUGAUUUUUCGUACUAAGAGUUCAGAAAAGUUAGAACUGUUAGAAAGGUUAUGAUUAUGAGUUUGACCAUAUACGUAUAUUUUUCAAUAAAGUUAUUAGAUUAAGUUUUAGUUAAAAUUAACUGAGACAAAAAAAAGUGUUAACAACAAAUUAAGUCUACAAUAUAACAAUAGUCUUAACAAAUAUUUUAAUUUAUUUUAAUUUUUUGAUAUUAUAGAUAUUUUUAAUUUAUUUAUUACAAUACAAGAACAAUUUUAAUAAAGAAUACAUAUUUAAAGUACCUAUAUUGGCUAUUUUAUAAAUUAGUCAGUUUUUUAAGACUAUAUAAAAUAUAAUACAAAACCGAAUAAAUAAACAAGCCAUUUAAAAUUUUAAAUGCUGAAAUAAUAAAUUUCCAUAGCACUCUACUAGAUUUAGUGUAAAGACAAAAAUAUAAGCAAAUCUUAUAAGCGAAUAUAAGCAGUCAUAAGUCUAGGUAAGAAUAAUUGAAUAAUACAAGUUUUCAGUUUUUUUCUAUCAAAUUUGCCUAAUCUUUGGUUUUAUUUUAUUUUUUAUUACGACGUUUUUUUAAGCUUAAGUGAUAUAUUGUGUGCAUUAAAACAAGUUCCAUAAAAGUUCUGACUUCUUCGACUUUUAAUAUUAAUAAAAUUGGAGUUAUCAAAACUAGGGACUUUUACAACUUUUUGUAGGGCAGCCUGAUUUCCAAAUUUCUUUAAUUGUUAUUUAUUAUUUAAUUACUUAUUUAAAUAAUAUACCGGAGUUUAAUAUAAAGGCAAAUUAUUUAAAUUCUGAGCGUAGCGUAUAAUGUGUGCUUUUAUUUGUGUUAACAUAAUUUCAAUUAGAAAAGGGUGGCCAAUCGUUGAUAUCCGGGAAGGAUUCAGGUAGAAUAUUCUGUCUAGUCAGUACAUUAUGGUAUUUUUGUGGAUUUUAUCAAGUAAAAGCUCUUGUACCGUGCUUCGCCGGACCAAAAACUGUUUCCUAACAAAAUUUACUAGCCCGGUAAACGCCCGUUGACUGCCCAUUUCCAUCCCAGGUGAAGACUAAUAUUGCCUGUUGGGAGCUGUUUAAACUUUCCCGUUUUUUUUUUUAUUAUCGACUAAAAAUUCGGCAUUUUCAAGCCCAUACUUUUCAAGAAUACUCUUGAAGGACUGGUCUAAAAACAGGCAUUAUAUUAACCGUGCCAACGGCGGUUCUCGACGGUUUACGACCAUAAUGGGCCCGUGAUUCUAUAUUCAACCUUUCCGAGAGUAUUAUAAUGCUGUUAGGGUUUCCCAAUGGUCAUCACAAUCGAAUGGUACAAAUAUUUGAUUUUUCCCACCACUUCAAAGUGGUGGUCUGAUUUAAUUAAAUUAGACAUUUUUUCGAUUUUGCAAAAAAAACGUUAAAUAAAAACUAUUAACAAAAGUAGUUAAUCAAUUUGACGGUUAUUAUACAAUAUAAAAUAUACACAUAAAUACAGUUACGACAUCUGUUCGAUAAUACAAGUUUAAAAUAUCACAUGUUCUAUAAUAUUUAAUAAUUAUGAUUUUAUUUCUGGUCGAUUUUCAUCUGAUUUUGACGGUAAUGUAAAUAUCAAAAGACCUGCAACUAAACGUAUAACAAUGCAAUUAAUAUGUAUUAUUUCUUAAAACGGUUAACUAAUGUUAAACGUUUUAACUGUUGGUUUGUAGGUGACCAGUCGACACCAAAAUGAACCUUUCUCUAGUGGGGCUAAUUUAGUUUAACGAUAAAUUCUGAAUUGAGCUCGGGUCGACUAGUUGCGCUGCAAUAACCAAUUAAGUUUUGUGUUUUGGUUUUUUUCCUGUAAACACAGUAUUAUACACUGAGGCAUAUUUAGGGAGGGUGAGUGAUGGUAAUUUUGAGGGCGGCGUUCUAUAGGACGGCGACGUAAUCCGUUGUCAAAUAUGUUACAAACAUUUUUUUUAUACAUUUUAUAUAUAUAUAUAUAUAUAAAAAAUAAUUUAAUACAUAUUUUAGAUUAUGAGCGUAACGAUGGAUUUAAAAAAUACACAAACAUAUUUAUAGUAGAUAUAAAAAAUCGAAAAUCAAACUUCGUAAUCUAAAAUUAGAAUUUUAGGAAUUUAAUGUCUGAAUCCGAAAUUAAAAUUUUCGGAUAAUCCGGAUUUAUAUUGCAUCACUACUGCUUAUUUGUUCUGUACAUUUCAAAUCUCUACGUGCUAUAGAUAGUUUUGCCUUAAACUGACGUACCUACUUAUACUAAUCAUCAUUUGUUUUCAGUAUUGCCUUAUUUUUAAAAAAAAGUACUACAAAUAUCAAACAAAUUAUAUAUGUAACUUUUUUUGAUAACUAUGCACUUCGUGUAUAUUUAAAUUUGACCACAAUGCCAUAUUGAUUACACAGUAAGUAAUUUUUAAAACUUUAUAUACUCACUUAUUAAAAACGAGCAUGACGACACAAUUGGAAUUGUACAAUGCGCGUCGAUAAAAAGGCCAAUAAUGAUGUUUCCCACUACGCCGCCUACUUUGCCAAACAUACAGCCCAUUGACGUGGCCAUGCCCCU